ACUUAAAUCCCCGUCCCUACUUAAUUCACAUUUACUACUAGGAAAAAGAAACAACACGCCUCAACCCCUUCUCUCAGUGAGGCAGCCGACGUUCCUCCGCCGCUCGCUCUGGCACAGCCGCGCGCCUCCCGUCGAUUGUCCAUCUGCUUGGUUGCUUCUUCGCUCUCCUCCGCCGCUCUAUCUGGUCCUCGUUGUUGUGUCCGCUGGUCCAGCCUUCCUCUGUUCAGUGCUGCUCCUGGCCGCUGGUCUUCAUCCUUAGUCACUCCGCCGCUGCGCCUCGCCACUCCAGUCUACGUCCUCAGUCACUGCAGUUUUUGCAGGUGCGACAAUGGCAACCUUGGAGAACUUGAAGGAUAUGUACGAUUUUGCUUUGAGACCUCGCAUGCUAUAUACACUGUUGAAGGAAGAUGUCCCGGACGAGAAGAAGCCACUUGGUACACCAUUGAAGCUGUCAAGGGUUGUCUCCAAUGUCCAAACUUUUAAGCUUUUAGCUGAAUCCUUCACCAGUUCCAUGGAUGCUAAGCUAAUUGAACGCUGGAAAUCUGCUGUUGAUGAUUGGCUCAAUCGGUUAUUAUUUCUAGUCUCAAGCUCUACCAUGCCAGAUAAAUGUUGGGCAGGUAUCUGUUUGCUCGGGGUGACUUCUCAAGAAUGCAGCUCUGAACGCUUUCUAGCAUCAUAUGCUGUUUGGUUUGACAAACUUCUAUUACACAUUCAGUCACCAGCAGAUUCUCAGUUUGUGAAGGUGGCUUCUUGUACCUCAAUGUCCGAUUUACUGACAAGGUUAGCUGGAUUUCCCAAUGCAAAGAAGGAUGGAACUUCCCAUGCUGGAAAACUUAUUCAACCUGUUCUGAGGCUGUUGCAAGAGGAUAGUUCAGAGAAUGUGUGGGAAGGAGCACUCCAUCUGCUAUGCAUUGCUAUUACUUCCUUUCCAGCUUCCCUUCAUCGUCAUUACGACACUGUUGAAUCUGUUAUUGCAUCAAAAAUUUUGUCAGGAAAAUGCAGCCUUAAUAUGCUUAAGAAGCUUGCUUAUUGUCUAGCAUUACUUCCUAAAUCGAAAGGAGAUGAUGAUAGUUGGGUUUCAAUGAUGCGAAAGAUUCUAUUAUUGGUGAACAGUUACUUGACUGAAAUUUUCCAUGGUCUGGAAGAAGAAACUAAAUGGGAUGAAGCUGUUAGGUUAUUGGUUCCACCAGGAGAGAUUGCUCCAACUUCCUUGUGGGGUCACAGCUUGUUAGAAGAGACAUCAGAGAAGGCAAGAAAGAGAUCUAAGAUAUCAAGCAUCAAAGCGUUGAUGCAUUGCUGUUGUACAAUGCUUGCAACUUCAUAUUCAGUGCAGGUGACAGUCCCUAUUCGCUCACUUUUGGCCCUUAUUGAGAGAGUGUUGAUGGUUGAUGGCUCAUUGCCACAAGUUAUGUCAUCCUUUGUGAUUGCAUCAGACCAAGAGUUCGUUUGUUCUGAACUUCCGGUUCUGCAUUCUUACAGUAUGGAACUUCUUAUUUCAGUCAUAAAGGGAAUGCGCAGUCAACUAUUGCCACAUGCUGCUUAUGUUGUGCGACUUGUUAGAGAGUAUUUUAGCAGAUGUCAAUUAUCAGAACUGAGAAUAAAAAUCUACUCAAUCAUAAAGAUGCUACUGAUAUCCAUGGGUGUUGGGAUAGCAAUAUAUCUAUCCCAGGAAGUUGUCAACAAUGCGCUUCUUGACUUAAAUCCUAAUGGUGAUGAUACAUCUUCUAGUGUAAACCAAAUGGACCCUUCUGAAGCUUUGCUGCAGCCUUGCCAUAAAAGAAGGAAACAUGGGCCAACUGGAUCUCUAGAGCAAAAGUAUUAUCGAAAUAGUUUGGAAGUGGAAGUACCCAAGAGUCAUGCAGCAACUCUGAUGUCUGUCAAGAUAGCUGCACUUGAGACAUUAGAAGCUCUUCUAACUAUGGGGGGUGCUUUCAGGUCUGAAUCCUGGCGGUCAAACGUUGAUAAUCUUUUAAUAAAUAUGGCUGUAGAUUCUUUUAAAGGGGGAUGGGCUAAUGAGGAAAGUAACUGUUUCUUUCCUAAUGGACCCACUUCAACGCAUGCAGAUUUGCAGCUUGCAAUUUUACGUGCACUUUUGGCGUCUCUUCUGUCACCAUCUCGUGUGCGCCCUCCACAUUUAGCACAAAGUCUUGAGGUUUAUCGAAGAGGAAGGCAAAAAACUGGAACAAAACUUUCCGAAUUAUGUUCUUAUGCACUCUUGGCCUUGGAAGUACUUAUACAUCCUCGUUUCCUGCCACUGGCAGAUUUUCCCUCUGCAAAAUCUUCCCAUGAAGUUAACCAUGGAUUUCCAGAGAUGCUUUUCUCUGGUGGUCAGAAGCCCAGCAUACCAUUUUCAAGUGGAAUUCAAGAAAUUAGGCAUGGAUCUUCUGAUUCAGAUGAUGAUCUAGAGAGCUGGUUAGGUGGUAGCAAAGAAACUGACACUCCAGUGGAUGGCCAAGGUAAAAAUAUAAACAUCACGAAACCUUCUGAAUACGUGGGAGUUCAAGCAGGUUCAUUGGCUACAAGUCCUGGGCGAAGUAAGGAGGAGCUAAAAAUAGCUCAUGCAGAUGUAGAGAUGGGAAACUUUGGUGAUGAAAUAGUUGAUGAAUCACAGCAAGUUCAAGAACACAUGAUGCAGCUUCGGGGUCAAACAUCUCUUAAAGGUGCCACAACUUCUGAAGUCCGUGAUGAUUUGAAAGUUCCUGAAUUGGAACUAACAAGGGUAGCUUCAGAAACUGGUGGGUUAGUUUCUACGGACAAGGAAAUUGCACCAGUUCAGGCUGGCAUCACAGAUGGUGGUAAUGAAACUGCCCCAACAUCAUCUACUGCUCUAAAAGAAUCAGUAUUUGGUUUUGAAUCAGAUGGUGACUCGUCAGCAGAGACUUUUCCAGAUAUUGUGGAUGCUGAUCCAGAUUCUGAUUAGAAUCUAGGCCAGAGUUGUUAUACAUUAAAAGGAGAGUCAUAGACGUGCCCUGUAUUUUGUUGCAAUCAAAAGAUUAUUUAUCUGGUAAUCUUGCCCUUUUUUCUUGAGAAAUUAUUAGUAAUUGCAUCGCGUUUCAUCAGUCUGGCAGUUGGUACAUUUUGCCAUUUGAUUGGUUUGUUAGAGCUGAUGGUCAUAGAAUAGUUAUUAUAAGGAUCAUUUGAUAUUUUUUCCCCAUUAUCUAGUUUGAUUCGUCAUUUAUUCA